AACCGAGCAGGCGGGGCGAAACAGAAGCAACACCCAAACAGGCGAGGGCCCCACCCGAGAAGCCAAGAAGAAGAGCAGACGAGACAACCGAGGGGGCGAAGCACGGGGAGAGCAACAAGAAGACGAGGCGGCGGCGAAGGGCAAGAGGCGGGAAGAAGAACACAGAAGCAGCAAGAGACAGCACAGCAAGGAGCAAGAACAACACAGAAGCAGCAAGAACGCCAAGAAGCAGCAAGAACAGCCAGAAGGAGCAAGAAGCGCCCAAGAGCAAGAGGAGCAAGAGCCCCAGGGAGCAGCACAGCAACAGCAAGAAGAAGCAGCAGAAGCGCGCCAAGACACAAGAAGAGGGGGAAACCCGAAGGGGGAAGCAGAGCGAGGAAAAGAGGGGGGGGGAGACAGGGGGGACCGCGGAGCCGGAAGGAAGGCCGGGGCGAGGAAGGAGCGGGCGGGAAGCGGGCGGGGGCGGGAGGGCGCCGAAGGGGAAGGCGGGGAACGCGGGGGGGGGGAGAGAGGAGGGGGGGGGGAGGCGAGGGGCCGCCGAAGGGCCCGAGGGAGAGAGGGAAGACGCCGAGGAGGGCCGGAAGGGGAGGGGGGACGAAGGCGAGGCCGGAGAGGGCGAGGGCGGGGGGAGGGAGAAGGGGCCAGGGCCAGAGGGGACCAGAGGAAGGAAAGAGGAGCCGAAGCAGAAGCGGAAGAGGAAAAGGCCGACGGCCGGGAGGCCGAAGAGGCGGAAGACGCGGAGGCGGGCAAGGGGCCACGGGGCAGGGGGGACCGGACGAAGGAAGGAAAGGGAAACCGAACAGAAGGAAAGCAGAGGGAAGGAGGAGGAACGGGAGGAAGGAAAGAAGGAAGCCGGGAGGGAAGGCCGGAACACGGGGGGGGACACGCGCCCCCCGGACGAGAAGCGGCGGCCCGAAGCGGGGAAAGCAGGGCCGGGGGGAACGAG